AUGGCAGCCCGGCUGCCCGCCCUGCGUCUGCUGCUCUUGCUGGGGAUGUGGGCCAUAAUUAUCCACCGGCAGACGGACGGGCAGCCUGGCAGGCAGUGCGAUGGCCAGUUGCAUGAGGCCGUUCAUAUUUAUUUAUUUGAAUUAACGCCAUCGCCGGCCAUGGAGGAGCCGCCCCGAGCCCUGGAGGUGAGCGUGCGUGGGGGCAGCGCCUGCAUCGUGGCCUUCUUGCAGCCGGAUCCCCUGGCUCAGCCCCGCGGUGCCUGCGUCUCCCGAGCCCCCCGCCUGCCCGUGCACCCCCCAACGCUCCGUUUCCUUCCUGCCCCACUUUGCGAGAAGCCCCGGCUGCCAUCGUGGGGCACGCCGGUGCCAAGCGGCACGCCUGGCUGCGGCGACGAGCUGGCAAGGGCUUUUCCAGCCCCAUGUGGAAAACGCAUUGCGAAGGGAAGGAAAGCCCCUAACGCCUGUGUUUUCCCCGCAGAGCCCAGCCUGCAGCUCAUCGGCGCCGCCUGCCGCUGCGUCGGGAUACUGGAGGUGAAGUGGGAGGGCAAGCCGGUGAAAACCACCCCUGAGCCCCCGCCAGCACCCCCUAUCACCACCCCGCAGCCCACCGGACCCGCCAGGCUGCGGCUGGUGGAUGGGGACUUCGGCUGCUCAGGCUUCGUGGAGCUGCACAGGCAGGGGCUGUGGGGCGCCGUGGCAAGCAGCCCGGGCACCCAGACGGAGCUGGCCACCCGCGUCUGCCAGGCUCUCAGCUGCGGCACCGCCAUCGACGGCCAUGGCCAUGGCAAGCCGGAGCAGGGAAGCCACUUGCCGGUGCGGUGGGAGAUGGUGGAGUCCUGCGAGAGCCGUCUGCUCCUCGACUGCUUCAACAGGACCAGCGCCCAGCGGGGGAAAGCGCCCGCCUUCAUCAUCUGCUCUGGCUCCCAGCCCCAGGCCCUGCGGAGGCUGGCGGCCGGCCCCACGCCUUGCGAAGGGGACAUGGAGGUCUUUCACGAGGGGCAAUGGCGGGUGCUGUGUGACAACAGGGCGCAGCGAGUCAAGUGGGGCAGGCAGCUGUGCCAGGAGCUGCGCUGUGGGAACCUCUCCUCCAGCACCGAGGUCCGGGACCCCCCCUCGAUGGGUGUCACCUGUGAGGUCCCCAGCCUGCACCUCUGCCCCGUCAGCCUCAGGGCCCCCCGGACCUGCUCCCGGACCAGAGUCGUGUGCCAGGACUCGAAGCCGCAUCCCACCGGCAUGGCGGCCGGCACCAUCGUGAGCAUCUGCCUGGCCCUGCUUCUCUUCGGCAUCCUCUUGCUCAUCUGCGGCCCUCCUGCCUACAGGAGGCUGAUGAAGAGAAUCUCUAAAAAGAAGCAGCGCCAGUGGAUCGGCCCCACGGGACUCAACCAGACGGUCUCCUUCCACCGCAACAGCACCGUCGCCCUGAGGCCACGGGCAGAGGGGCAGCGGGCGCAGGGUGGGGACAACGACUACGCUCAGCCCCCCCAAAAGAGCUCCUACCUCUCGGCUUACCCAGCACUGGAAGGUGCGUGGAGAGCUUCCAACCCUCCGGACAACUCCUCCGACAGCGACUACGACCUGCACUCUGCCCGCAGAGUGUGA